AUGAUUAAUUUGAAAUAUAUCCAAUAUACUCCUGAAAUUUUUACAUCUAUCUAUCUAUCUAUCUAUCUAUCUAUCUAUCUAUCUAUCUAUCUAUCUAUAGAGAAAGCUGAUCUAAUGCACGACACGAUCUCUCUCUCUCUCUCUCUCUUUAUCUAUCUAUCUAUCUAUCUAUCUAUCUAUCUAUCUAUCUAUCAUGGGAGAGUUCAUGAUUGUCUGUCUUUCUCUCUAUAUAUCUCUAUAUACGUUCAUGUAAAUGAUAAUUUGUCUACCUGCCUGUGUGUCUGUCUGUCUAUCUCUCUGUGUCUUUGUGAUAGUGUGUCUUUUUAUGUGCGGGAGCGUGUGUCUUUGUCUGUCGGUUUGUCUGCUCGUCUGUUUCUAUCUAUCUAUCUAUCUAUCUAUCUAUCUAUCUAUCUAUCUGUGUGUCUGCGUGUCAUUAUCUCUACGAGUGCUUGGUUAUUCCCCUCUCUCUCUAUCUGUGUAUGCGAAUGA